UUCUCCGUCGGUUCCACGGGGUCCUGGACGCCCAGCGGGACCAGUGUCGCCCUGAUCACCCUUCUCACCCGGGAAACCCUUUGGACCUAUCAUGCCGUCCUUACCGUCCUCACCAGGAAGUCCGUCGAUACCGCUCAUGCCCUGUUCACCCUGUUUACCUUUGGGUCCACGCGGACCUUGUUUUCCGGGCACGGCAUUUCCCGGAAGGCCGGGGAGACCCUUGUCACCUGGCCGACCGUCGUCUCCGCGUUCUCCAGUUGGACCCGGGAGACCUAGACAGAUAA